CAGCCACGACAAGCACCUAUGUGGACCGUCUGCAUGUCACUCGUGGUAGCUGCGUUUCAGCUCAGGCUCGCUUCGGUCGCGAGCAAAGGCUUCAGCUCGGGUCCAUUCUUCGGUUCAUGAGGUGGUUCUUGCACCUUUGGAGCUUGGCGAUAAGUCUGGUCGCUUGUGAAGGUGAAAACUCGACCAUUGAUUGGACAGAGCGCUUGCGCUUGGACGACAAGUACCUGAACCCCAGUGGAAACUCUCGAUGUCCUUCCAAGUGCCGGUACUAUUUCGCUGGAGCCUCGCCACGAGAUGCUGUCAUUUGCCAAAAGCAAGCUUCUGGAGUCGGCACCGCCCAGCAGAAUGCAGAGUUUGGAGUGGCUUGUUUCCCGCCUACGGCUGUGGCAGAGACAUGAUCACUUGUGUGGAUCAGACUUGGACAUCGGAGUUGCCCAACAUCUCUGAUGUCCAAAUGGCUUGCUCAAACUUGAAUGACUUAGUCUCUGAGAACCCGUGGACUUGUGGAUCAGAAGCUGAGGGGCGCCCAGCGUGCCAGCAUGACACUCCCAACAACAAUGUGGGGAAGUGGCUCUUGGCAAGCGCAGAGCUGGGGUGCGGGUGGGGCUCCACCUACGGCAAUGUGGCCCCUGACUAUCAAGGUGUUUCGCUGCCUUACUCCAGCUUUUUCACAGUCAGUAGCGAAUACGAGUGCUGCCUGAAGGCCAUGUCCUUUGAAAAUUCCACAUGGGCUGAAGGUGGUGCUGCACUUUUCUUUCAACUGAGCGGUACGGAAUGCAGAGUGGAUCGAGAGAAGAUCAUUUAUGCCAAUAUGGAUUCCUCUUCUGGCAGGUCUGUGAAAUACCAGAACACCCGCUGUGGCACCGCGCGGCUCUUCUAUCGUCACGCGGCGGGAGCAGCUGAUGCGGCCAAUCUGCACACUGGUGGUCGGUGUGUGCUGGAUGGUGGCUUCAAACGUUUGGACCUGGGUGGUGGCACUAACCUGCCGCAGGGUGAAAUCUAUUCCAUGGGUCACGAAGCACCAAAUCAUGACUGUGACCCCAAUGACAAUUCUGCUGGUGGCUGCAAGGCGAGCUUCAUUUUCAAUACCAUCGCGGAUGCUGAGGCCUGCUGCGAGCAAUGUCGCAGCAUGAACUGGGUUCCCCUGCUUGGCGGCGUCGUUGAAACAGAUGGUUCGAAUGGUGCUCAGAUCAACCCUUGUGUGGCGUGGCAGGUCGUCGAGGGUCGCUGUCGGAUCAAUCGAAAGUACUAUUACGACAUGUACAACUCAGGCCAGUUGAUCAAAGAUGCCUUACUGGAUAAUUUGUACCCUGCACCAGGAAAUCCUGGUUGGUUGGUGCGAACACGAGGCUGUGGCUCUUCAAUGGAACGUUGCAACUAUUUUUCCUACAUCUACUACAGAGAGCUGCAAGACUCUAACGUGCACCCAGUAGGAGUGAGGAGCAGCACGAAUGCCACCUACCGCAAGGUCAUGGGAGGGAACCUUUCAGACCUCACAGAGAACAUCACUCUGGAGGUCAGAGCCAGUUCUGUCCAAUCGCGCCAUGAUCGCAGACUCUCCUUGCUCUCGCAGGGUGAUGGCGACGACAGCGAUGAGAGCAGCCUGGAGAAGAGCGAUGGCACGGACGUGGGCCUGGUGGAGGUCUAUGACAGCAGUGCUCUCCGCAGCAGCGGCGACUAUGACAUUUUUGACGAGGAGUCUGGUCCAGUUCCGCUUUGCACCACGGGCCUCAUCAGCUCCAACAGCCCAGUGGCUCUCAGCUGCUCUUUGGCCUCCAGUGGUGGACGCCGGCUGCGGGAGGUGGGUGACAUUUUCUUUGUCUUCACAGCGGUCGGUUCCGGGUAUGACCAAGUGAACUUCCAAGCUGGCGUGAGCCUGGAAAAUGUGCAAACAACUUCCAGUUCCACCAGUUCGACUUCUUUCAGCGUCACCACAGACGACACAGCGGAAGGCACCUCGACUUCAGGAAGCACGAUGAUGGGCUCCACGACUGACUCCACAGCCGGCUCUACGACUGACGCCACAGCGAGUGGCAACACUGGGAACAGUUCCAUGAGCACCACAGAGGAUGAGCUGCCUGAUGCUACCAGCUGCGCUAGAACGAUGAGACUCUUCAAGUUCCUAUGUUGUUUGAGCUGUCUUCAGCUCUGUUAACGCGGCUUGCGCCAACACCUUAAAGGUUUGGCUUUCAUGACCCUUUUCCGUGCUUUGUUGCCUCCAAGAGCAACAGGGGCACAAGGGGCACAAGACCCCGAGGGUCCAAGUCUUUCUUUCGGUGACAGCUCUCCGAGCUGAUUGGAGGCUAAGUUGUUUGGAGGCUUCCAGGAAUCGCAGCUCCUUUGUGACUAACUCCUGGCGCAAAGGUAGAGGACGGGAUGCAUUUGCAUGAGGCAGGACUGUUGGAUGGUCA